AUGCGACCUCUAGUCCUCAGAGGCCAUCGCAGGCCCUUGACGUGUGUCAAGACCAACAGAGAGGGAGACCUUUUGUUCACCUGUGGGAAGGACGCAAGUCUGCUUCUCUGGAGGACCGACAAUGGGCAGCAGAUCGGGCAAUACAACACUGGACGUGGUGCCAUAUGGGCGUGCGACGUCACGGUCGACUCCAAAAUGGUCAUCGCCGCGACCGGUGACGCCAGGAUCCUGAUCCUCGACACCUUCACGGGGGAGAUGAUCGCUGACAUAAAGGACGAGGGUGCCUGCAAGUACGUCGAGUGGAACCGCAACCCGCAGAAGCAGGACAAGUUUGUCAUGAUUCACGACGACUUCGGAGAGUCAGUGUUCAUGGCACUCAAGGUCUACAAGUUAAACUUCGAGAGAACGGAGGAAGGCGGUCUGGCCGUUGAACAUCGCAUCCUGUGGACACAGAGGGGCUACAGAUCCAGAGCCAUCCAGUGCCACUGGGGGCCCUUGGACAGAGACGUCAUCACCUGCCACGAGAACGGCACGAUACAGGUAAAGCGCGCAUGCCACGUUGACAUGGACACUCAGGUCUGGGAUGCCGAGGAUGGCACCAAUCUCCACGUCAUCGAGGCCCACAAGCAGACUGUUACGUGCAUCUCGUUCGACCUCUACGGGCUCUUCAUGCUGUCGGUAGGUACACCCCGCUCUCGAGUGCAAUUUUCUGCAGUGCUCCUCGGAUGGUACCGCGAAGCUCUGGGAAACCCUGAACUGGACCACCGUAAAGGUACGGCUUCCACCAACGGACCACAUGUCGCGCAGAACUACAAGACUGACCGCCCGCUGAAUGCGUGCGUCAUCUCGCCGUGUUUCAAGCCCGAUAGCGUCGAAAAGGCCCACAUAUUGCUGGGAGGAGGACAGUCUGCUGACGAAGUCACAACCACCGCCGCCUCCGAGGGUAAAUUCCAGGCGCUGCUGCACCACCUGAUACACGAGGGUGAGAUCGGGAGCAUCAAGGGGCACUUCGGUCCCAUCAACACCCUGACGUUCCUGGCGGAGGGUAACGGGUACGUCAGCGGAGGAGAGGACGGUAACGUCAGGAUAUACCACUUCGACAAGGACUAUAUUCUGGACAAGUACGACUGA